AUGGGGGACUGGAACCUGUUGGGGGGCAUUUUGGAAGACGUCCAUGCCCACUCCACCAUGGUGGGCAAGAUCUGGCUCACCAUUCUCUUCAUCUUCCGCAUGUUGGUUUUGGGUAUUGCCGCUGAGGAUGUGUGGGAAGACGAGCAAAGCGAGUUUGUGUGCAACACAGAGCAGCCCGGCUGCAGGAACGUGUGCUAUGACGGAGCCUUCCCCAUCUCCCUCAUCAGAUACUGGGUUCUGCAGAUCGUCUUCGUUUCAUCACCCUCACUGGCAUACAUGGGCCAUGCGCUCUAUCGCCUGAGGACCCUGGAGAAGGAGCGGUACAGGAAGAGGGCCCUGCUCAAGGUGGAGCUGGAGUGCGCGUGCGUAGGUGCCCCAGAUGAGCAGCGCAGGCUCGAGAAGGAGCUGAAGACACUUGAGCAGAAGAAAGUGAGGAGAGCCCCGCUGAGGGGAGCCCUGCUACGUACCUAUGUGUUUCAUAUCCUAACCAGGUCGAUGGUGGAGGUGAGCUUCAUAGUGGGGCAAUGUGCCCUCUAUGGUGUUGGACUGGCACCAAUUUACAAGUGUAAGAAAGACCCAUGUCCCAACAUUGUGGACUGCUUCGUGUCGAGGCCGACGGAGAAGAGCGUUUUCAUGACCUUCAUGCUGGUCAUCGCUGGGAUCUCCCUGUUCCUGAACAUCUUAGAGAUCUUGCACCUAGGGAUGAAGAAGAUCAAGCAGGGAAUAUACGGCAGCCAGCACAGCGGAUACGAUGAUUGCAUUUAUAGGUCAAAGAAAAACUCCAUGGUGCAACAAACGUGCGCCUUCACCAACUCCUCACCUCAGAAAUUAAUGCACGUGACCCAGACAUUUUACACCAUGGUGCCCAACAAAAAGGUGGAGGCAUUGCCCCUCUAUAUACCUGCUAAUGCCCCUCCACCCAUCUUUGAGGCAAGAAACAGGGACGUCCCACUGGGAUUGGAGCAUCACUCAGGGCAGCUGCAUCUCUCCAGCCAGCCUGAGAUCCAGGUUCUCCACCAGGAACAGGCCGCAGAGCUCAGUUACAAGAUGGAAAACCGUGGGCCCUCCUACAACAGUGAUAACUCCAAGCCCAAGGGCUCUGGUGCUCUGAGAAACCUCCAGUCAAGCAGCAUGGAGAACCUGCCGUGCCUCCGCCCCGCCAGCCGUAAGCAUAGCAGGGUGAGCAGGCACAUGGACCUGAGCGAGGAGAGCGAUGUGCUAGACACCGACCACUGCUCCCAUACCAGGAAAGCCAGCUUCCUGUCUCGAGGGAUGUCUGAGAGUGGACUGGCCAGUCCAUCAGAUGAGUCCAUGAGUGGCUCGGAGUCAGGGAUCAAGCAGUUGUCCCGUGGGGAAAGCCUUUCUGUGACCCCUCCGUUUGCCAGUGGACGGCGCAUGUCAAUGAGCAUGAUUCUGGAACUGUCCUGCAUCAUGAAAAAGUGA